AAACGACCACAAGCUGUGAAGACGGGAAGAAUAAACGUUUUAAUUUUGGUUCAGUGACAUGUUAUGGAAAAACAACAGAGAAUGUCACUUGUCCUAAAGAUCAGUUCAUGGUGGUCAAGACUGCAUCUUACCGUGGAUUGUCUGACUCAAAGACAUGUGGUUUGAGUGAUGAUUAUAGUUGUACAGUUGAUGUAACAUGUCUUGUUAAGAAACAAUGUGAUGGUCAACAUGAGUGUAAAAUAACUGUGGAUGAAACCUUGUUCUCUGAUGAUCUGUGUCUUGGAUGGAGAAAAUAUCUUUACUUUGAAUAUCAAUGUGAUUACACUGUCAGGUCUUUUACGAAGCCGUGUGAACAACCAGAGGUGACCACAACUCGAACAUCCACAACAUUAACUUUCACAUUGCAGAUUCCUCCUGGAAAUUUUUCAUAUUUUUACGUGGUAGCCCUGAAAUUUAAGGACGAAGAUCAAGAACGACGAUCAACUGAUAGUUAUGACAACAAUGAACUAGUGACGUACGCUGAGGCAAGAAGAUCACCUGACCAUAAACCUUAUAUUGCUGCUGUAUUUUCAUCCAGCAGUGUUGUUGAAAACAAAUUCAUACUUGGUGAUGGUAGGAAUAGAAGUGAUGCAACAUUAGGAAGUUCAACUACCUCUAGUAAUUAUUACAAUGGUCCGUUGGAACCUGGUACUAGUUAUAGGAUCUUUCAAAGGAUUAUUCUGAAUAAAAAGGACGAUGUUUACUCCACAGACUGGAGUCUUGCUUUAAAAACAAAUGAAUACGCAGGCGGUCCUCGUGAGUUAACCAACAUGUCCAGUGGUGACGUAAUGGCAAAGGAAGGUGAUCUUGUCAACUUGUUGUGUUCUGCUCAAGGUGAACCACCGAUUACUCUCAGUUGGGAAAAAGAUCAGAAGCCACUGAAAAGUUUUGUGGAGAAAGACGUGCCUUAUCGUAGUUCUCUGCUCGUUGCAUCAAUGAAAGACCAAUCAAGUUUUGGAAAAUACAUUUGUCAUAUCAAAGAUCGAUUUCAAAGCACUGCCACUUAUACAAUUUCAGUCGAAAAAUUAAAAGAAACAGGAAAUUAUGUUGCUGGAAUUAUAGUGUUAUCAAUCCUGCUUUUCAUUUCACUUUUAAUCAUUGCUUUUCUGAUUUAUUGUAAUCGCGCCAAAUCAUUAAACUCUGAGACAAACGUGGAGAAGAAACCAACCAACGACGAAAACGUAAUCGAUGAUCCAGGGAAUUAUGAUGAGAUAAAUGAUGAGCAGGCGACUUACACUUCUCUCAAGUGGACUGGGAAGGAAGAAAAUGACGAUGCUCAAUACACUCAUCUAAAUGAAGUACCCAUGAGUACUAUCAAUGUAAAAACUGAAUGAAGGGGAAACUGGAAGCUCUCAGGACUCUGAGCUCCCAGGUUUUCAAUUAUACGCUAUGUGUUUUUGAGUUUAGAAACUAGAAAUAAAAUACAGUUAGUGUUCUUAGCUUUCAACUCCUACUCGUAGGGAGUGGUGGUAAUUGAAAGAACUCUGCGACAAUGGUUGCUAAAGUUCUAACAGCUUAAAUAACUUUUAAAGAUAAACAGUUUAACACCGAGAAAAUUUCUUUUAAUUUGAAUAUCUGUAAUUGUACAGACCUAUACAUUUUUAUACAGUCGACAGGAUAUAAUAAACUGAGUGGUAAC